UAACCUCAUCUGACACAAGCACGGCUUUCACUUCCCCGGCAGAAUGGAGCAGAAUAACUAAAGCAGCCCAGACUGGACUCUUAGUAUUUCACAUCAGGGUUCAUCAAGACUUCCAUUCAGCUACAUUCUCUGCGCCUUUUACUUCAUAGAUAAGGGGCUUUUCAUUUGAGGUGCAGAGAUGGUGCAGAAAUAUCAGUCCCCCGUGAGGGUUUACAAGUACCCUUUUGAGCUCAUAAUGGCGGCCUAUGAGAGAAGAUUCCCAAACUGUCCUCUGAUACCCAUGUUUGUGAGUAGUAUGAUCAUCAGUGAGUGUCAUAGUGAAGACGAGGCGACCCAAGUGAUUGAGCGCCGAUGUACCGUGGACGUUGAUGCUCCUAGGCUUCUAAAGAGGAUAGCAGGAGUGGAGUACAUGUAUUUCAUCCAGAAGAACUCUUUGAACCGAAGAGAGAGAACUCUGCACAUCGAGGCCUACAACGAGUCCUUCUCCAGCAGAGUCAACGUCUUUGAGCACUGCUGCUACACGGUUCACCCAGAGAAUGAAGACUGGACCUGUUUUGAGCAGUCUGCCAGCAUGGACAUUAAAUCCUUUUUCGGAUUUGAGAGCACAGCAGAGAAGAUUGCAAUGAAGCAGUACGCCACCAGUAUUAAAAAGGGAAAAGAGAUUAUUGAAUUUCAUCUCAAACAACUGGAGGAGGAGGGAAUCACCCACAUGCCCCGCUGGGCACCUCCUCCUACCCCCGCCCCGUGUCACGCCCUGCCUGUCAGCUCAGCCAGAGCUAUCCCAGCAUGCAGCAGCAGAGCUCACCUCGGCUCCACGGACGUCCUGCCAGGCUCUCCGGAUGACAAGUUAGACGCAGACUACAUCUCCCGCUAUCUGGGAAAACUGACCCCAUUCCAAGAGAGCUGUCUCAUUCGACUACGACAGUGGCUGCAGGAAACACACAAAGGCAAGAUCCCUAAAGACCAGCAUGUGCUGCGUUUCCUGCGCUCACGGGACUUUAAUCUGGAAAAGGCCAAAGAGGCUUUGUGCCAGACGCUCACAUGGAGGAAGCAGCAUCAGAUAGACUUCCUGUUGGACACUUGGCAGUGUCCACAGCUCCUGCAGGACUACUACACAGGAGGCUGGCACCACCACGACAAAGAUGGACGUCCUCUUUAUAUCCUUCGACUUGGACAAAUGGACACGAAAGGUUUAGUACGGGUGCUGGGAGAAGAGACCCUCCUGAGACAUGUGCUGUCCAUCAACGAGGAAGGUCUCAGACACUGUGAAGAGAACACUAAAAUAUUUGGAAAACCAAUCAGUUGUUGGACGUGUCUGGUGGAUCUUGAGGGGUUAAAUAUGAGGCAUCUGUGGAGACCAGGAAUCAAAGCCUUGCUGAGGACGAUAGAGCUUGUAGGAGCCAACUACCCUGAAACACUGGGCCGUCUCCUCAUACUCAGAGCACCCAGAGUGUUUCCAGUGCUCUGGACUUUGGUGAGUCCGUUCAUCGACGAAAACACACGGAAGAAGUUCCUCAUCUAUGCUGGGAACGACUACCAAGGUCCGGGAGGUCUGGUGGACUACAUCAACAGAGACUUCAUCCCUGACUUCUUAGGAGGAGAUGCUCUGUGCGACGUUCCUGAGGGUGGUCUGGUUCCCAAAUCUCUGUAUCGUACGGCCGAGGAGCUGGAAAACGAGGAGGUUAAACUGUGGAACGAAACCAUCUACAAGAGCGCGAGUGUGCUGAAGGGAGGUCCACACGAGGUGCUGAUAGAGAUUACGGAGGUCUCGUCCGUCAUCACGUGGGACUUUGAUGUGUGUAAAGGUGACGUGAUCUUCAAUAUCUAUCACUCCAGGAGAGCUCCUCAGCCAAUUAAAAGAGACGGUCUGAGCACGCACAACCUCGGCUGUCCCGCCGGGAACAACAUCCAGCUCAUCGACAGAUCCUGGAUGCUCGGACAAGACUACAGCCUGGUGGAGACGGCCCUGACCUGCCGAGAGGGAGAGAGCGUACAGGGAUCUCACGUGACGCGCUGGCCUGGCUUCUACAUCCUUCAGUGGCGUCUUUAUAGCAGCCCGCCAUGCUCUUCGUCCAGUCGGCCGCGCGUAGAUGACGUUCUGGCCUCUCUGCAGGUCUCCUCACACAAAUGCAAAGUCAUGUAUUUCACCGAGGUGCUGCACUCCACUGACUUCAGGGGCUCCAUGAGCAGCUUGGAGUCGAGUCACAGCGGUUUCUCUCUGCUCAGCGCCGCCACCACUUCCUCCAACCAAUCACGGACAGAGUCAACCGUCUCCAGAUAGCACCUUCAUCCAGAUCUUUAGCUCCACUGGAAAUGACGAAUGAUCAUGAAACACAGGUUCACGUUAAACUCUGGCUAUCAUCUGUACGAGUGCUAAUCUUUUUCAGUCACUUUAUCUCAUGAUAAACUACGUUUUCUGUAAAUUUUAUGCAAGUUUUUGGUACUUUGUUAUAAAUAAAUGUGUAAAUGUUGUUUGCCUCGGUUGUUUCGUUGAGCACAUUUUUGAAUGUGGUUCAUAAAGCUACACUAUACAACUUGUGUGUGUUUCUAUUUUUAUGGAGACUCUCCAUAGGCAUUAUAUGUGUUAUUGCUCUACACCUAAACCUACCCUUUACAGGAAACUACUGGCAUUUUUAGAUUUUCAAAAACAUUAAUCCUGUAUGUUUUAUAAUGUUUUAUCCUGUAUGUUUCCUCAUUGGGACCUAAAAAAUGUCCCCACAAGGUCAAAAUGUAUUGGUAUUCCUAUGUUUGUGGGUGAAUGUGAUUAAUACAAGGUGCACACAUACGCACACACACACACACACACACACACACACACACACACACUCACUUACUGCUAUAAAAUAUGAGACAUCGGUGGAUACAAAACAGGACACAUGCUUAUUCAAUAUGUGUUUAUGUUUUUUAUUUAUUUUUGUCUUUUUGGAGAAACCAAAGAAAAUGUAAAGUAUGAAUUGAGUACAAAUGUAUGGAUUUGUGGAUUUGCAAAUAAAAAAAUUCAUUUGUAAAAUAUUGAAGUAAUACUUCAGUUCUGUUUAAAUGAUUAAAUGUACAAUACAAUA